AUGCUUCCCACAGUGACUGGACCAGGUGCUCUGCCCUUCGCCGUGCAGUUGAAGGCUCUGACUGACCAGGAGUUCAGGUACCAGGCCAAGCUGAGCGGUCUGAGGAUCAUUGAGACGGCCCAUGACAACGGCCUGAGGAUGACCGCCCGGCUCAGGGAGUACGAGGUGAAGGACCUCCUGUCUCUGACCAGGUUCUUUGGCUUCAGCGCCGAGACCUUCUCCCUGGCCGUCAACCUGCUGGACCGCUUCCUCGCCGUCAUGAAGGUAAGACCUGGACAUCAGAUGGGGUUUUGAUUAGGAAUUAUUAAAAUUAGUAUUUUAUUCAUUUGGUUUUAGCUGAGUAAGCAAUAGAGACAGGAAAACAAAUUACCGUUACGAGGCACAAGGACUGUAAAAUCAUACAUCUAGGUCUAUUCUGUAAUAUCAGAAGAAUGUUGUACAGGCUCUUCACUGUGAAAAUAUACCAGAGAUGACCCAAAAAAUAAAAUGAAUGAUAAUCAAGAACUCUCAUUUUUAACAUAACCUUUUUAACCGUUAUCCCAGAUCCAGCCGAAGCACCUGUCAUGUGUGGGCCUGUCCUGUUUCUACAUCGCUGUGAAGACCUCGGAGGAGGAGAAGAACGUCCCCAUGGCCAACGAGCUGAUCCGGAUCAGCCAGAACCGCUUCACCGUGUCCGACAUGAUGAGGAUGGAGAAGAUCAUUCUGGAGAAGCUCUACUGGAAGGUCAAAGCCCCGACAGCCCUCCACUUCCUCAGGCUGUUCUACGGCCGCAUACAGGACACACUUGAAGAUGACUGGUACGAUGACUGUAGAUCUAAUAGACUGUAGCCUUGGGCUACAUACCGUAUAUAACAGGGGUGUCAAACAUACGGCACGCAGGCUGGAUCUGGCAGGGGGGGUCCAUAACAUGAGAAAUAAGCUUUUUGUGUUUAUGGAAAAAUUCAGGAAUCUUCUAUUUCAGUUCAUGAAACAUGGGACCAACACUUUACAGGUUGCGUUUAUAUUUUUGUUCAGUGCAUCUCUCUCUCUCUCAUGUCCAUUACAUAUGAACAUCAUCCUUUAGCUCUUAUGCCUUUUUAUAAAAGACUUGACAAACAACUUGAACAGACAUUAUUAAAACACAUUUUCUCUCCAUAGCAAGGAGAUCCUGAACAUUGAGAGAUUAGAAGCACAGCUGAAAGCCUGCCAUUGCUCUUUCACCUUCGCCAAAGUCAAGGUAAGAUACUGUAGUUCUGUGUGUCAAAAACAAAUGUGUUUUUUUGUUUAAUUUAGAAUCUCUCAAUACUAUGUGUCAAGGCAAACCAAUUUUAACUUGACUAUAAAAUACAGGAGCAAGGGGUGUAUGUAGGCUAGUUCAUGUUGUGACAUUGGAUCUAGGCCUAUUUUGGGCAGGGCACUUGGGAAAGGGGUGAGGAUUGAUGAGCUUUGAGUGUGUGGGUGAAAGACAUACUCAAAAUAGUUUCAAACCAACUAAAAUGUAUGUAUACAAAGAUCACUCUUAAUAUGUAGUUUUCAUGCAAACUAAAUCUCUCCACCCCCCCCCCCCCCCCCUCUCUCUCUCUACCCCCCCCUCUCUCUCUCUAACCCCCCUCUCUCUCGCUCUACCCCCCUCUCCUCUCUCUACCCCACUCUCUCGCUCUCCCCCCCUCUCUCUCUCUACCCCCCUCUCUCUCUCUACCCCACUCUCUCGCUCUCCCCCCUCUCUCUCUCCUCUCCACAGCCCUCUCUGCUUGCCCUGUCCUUGUUGACCCUGGAGCUUCAGGAGCAACAUGACCACGAGCACAUAGACAAGCUGUUCAACGCCUUCCAGUCUCUCCAGCAGCAACUCACUGUGAGUGUUUACUGUCCAGACUAGCCAGAUAGCCUGGUCUCAGAUCUGUAGUGUUUACUGUCCAGACUAGCCAGCUAGCCUGGUCUCAGAUCUGUUUGUACUGUCUUGCUCCUAUGUCGUCACACCAAACAUUGGGAAUAGGAGUUGGCAAGAGGAGUAUUAAACAGACCUGGGACUCAGGCUACCACCUAGUGUCAUAUCACUCCCCAAACAUGCCUGUUGUAACAGGAUACUAACCAGGGUCUUGUUCAUUAGGGCAUACAACGGAAAACGUUUGAAAUGUUUUGCAACGGAAAACGAGAGAAAAGAUGCGCUCAAAGAAAAUGAGUUUCUUAUUGGACAAGUCCAAGGUAGUUCCUCCCCGUUUUGAGUUUUUUUUCCCCCUGUUUGGUGCCUAAUGAACACAACCCAGCAAUGGAAGGUGUUUUGACACAGUGGCUGCGUCCCAAAUGGGGCCUGGUCAAAAGUAGUGCACUCACUACAGGGAAUAAAUUGCCAUUUGAGACGCAGCCACUGUUAGCUAUGAGGUGGAGCUUUUGCUCUGCUCUGUGUGUUGGAGCCCCAAGGCCUAUUUCCCAACGGAUGACCUAAUGUUGAGGGUUCAUUGAAAAAUGUAGGCUAGUUGAUUAAUCAAGACGUUGAAUUGAGUCUUUGGAAUUGGGAACCCUCUCUGGAUUAUGUUUUUUAAUGAUGCAGUAAAGAAAGGGGGAAACAGACCAGCAGCACUAACGAACAAACACUCUCUGAUUGGCAGGUUUUAAAAUAAAUGAAUACUCUGAUGGGCUGCCAAUGCUGCAUGAUAAUAGUUUGUUUUUCCUCACCCUGUUUCUCCGUGUGUGUGUUUCCUCAGGUCCGAGAAGGGGACCUGGUUAUUGUGAGAGAGUUGGUUAUGAAGUGUCUGAUUGAGUAUUCAACCACCAGGGUCUCCAAGCCCAACAGCCAGAGGCUUCGUUGGAUCCUGUCUGGCAGAACGCAACGCACGUUGAAACACAGCUAUUACAAGAUCGCCCAUAUGCCCACAAUCCCUGAGUCCGCCUACUGAACCCUGGGGGUGGGUGACCAAUACAAAAGUAGGAGUACAGAAACAAAACGAGAAGUAGGCUACCACCUCUUCUCCCCUAAAAACAUGUUUUGUUUUUCAGUUUCAUGGCAAAAUAGCAAAAAGACGACAACUUCCUGUACUCCACUGUUGCUACAUGGUCACCCACCUCCAUCACUAACCCAUUGCCCUUACAGAACUGCAUUAUGGAUGAUGUAGUUCUUUAAGGGGAAAACCUGUAACAACUAUCUUUCCCCCUUUCUCCUGGUUCUUCUGUUCUGUCAUGGUACUUUUUGAAUAAGCUUACUAUUUAUUAGCCUACAUCCGCUUCAUUGACUAAGGUGUGUCUGAAAUGGCAACCUAAUCCCUAUAUAGUGCACUACUUUUG